UCUGUCAGCUAAAUAUAUUUACUAAUUAGCCUUGUGUGAAGUCCUCAAGCACGAGGACAACAGCAGGCGAAACCAUGAUCCACCCAACCUUGAAGCACAGCUUGCACACAGAGAUGCAGUGCAGGUUGCACCGUCUGGUUCUUUGGGCAAUGCGCUUGGCAGGGUUCGACAGCGCGGCGUCAUCGUUGAGUGCAGGCGUCGAUAUACCGGAGGGCGUCCCCGGAGUGUGCAGUUGCGGGAAAGAUGCGUCAUCUCUGGAGGGAAUCAGCUUCUCCCGGGACGCCACGCUCGCACUCGCUUGUGGCUUCUUCGACUUGGACUUUUUCGUGGUUACAAAGCGAAUGACGGUGUACAACUAGCG